ACAAUUGUGCUGGCGGGUUCGCGCAUACUCGGCCGUGCCUUUGCCAAAGCACUGCAAGAGGAGUACGCGGCGAGUCAACAGGCUGCCAAGGCUCGAGCUAAUGCGCGUGCUAGCGACUCUUCCUCGUCCCGUAGCGGCGACUCAUUCACCAAUACUGUGUCGGGGAUUUCUCUUGAGGAAGCAAAGCAAAUUUUGAACGUCCAGGACAUCCGUAAUGCCGAGGAAGUACAGAAAAAGUUUGAUCAUUUAUUUUCUGCGAAUGCAAAGGCAAAAGGCGGCUCGCUGUAUCUGCAGUCCAAGGUGAGAGUAUGUCAACGUAUCUUGGAGGUUCCACCAGCCUGA